GCCCUGUUCGUUAGGGUUUCGUUCCUAACCAUGGCCGAGAACGUCUCAGAGGAUGUGAUCCUUUUACACGGCGACCUCGAUUUGAAAAUUGUUCAAGCGAGGAGGCUACCUAACAGGGAUACCUUCUCCGAACGUAUGCGCCGUUGCUUCAAGCCUUGCAACUCCUGUAUUAAACCUACUACAGACGACUAUGACGGCGAAGCGAGUUCCGACGACGACGACGAGAACAUCCGUGGCCUCCCAAGGAAUACCAGCGAUCCCUACGUCACCGUGUCCGUCCCGCAAGCUACUCUUGCUCGGACGCACGUUUUGAAAAACGCUUCGGAUCCUGUUUGGAACCGGCAUUUUAAAGUUUCCGUGGCGCAUCCCCUGUCUUAUCUCAAGUUGAAAGUCAAGGACUACGAUGUCUCCGGUGCACAAACAAUUGGCACUGUCCGUAUCCCGGUUCAGCAAAUCGCUUCUGGCGAACGCAUUUCGGGAUGGUUUCCUGUCCUUGGCCGCUCAGGAAAGCCGCCAAAGAAGGAAACCGCUCUCCAUAUUGAUUUGAAAUUUACUCCGUUCGAUAAAAUCCAACCCAAGACGACGCUUGGUGUUAUGGGGACUUACUUCCCUUUGAGGAAAGGAAGUCAGGUGAAGCUUUACCAAGACGCUCACGUGAUGGACGGAAUGUUACCGGAGAUUCGGUUGGAGAACGGGGAAGUUUAUCAACACGGGAAAUGCUGGGAAGAUAUAUGUCAUGCUAUUUGUGAGGCUCACCAUAUGAUUUACAUUGUUGGCUGGUCUGUCUUCCACAAGGUUCAGCUGGUUAGGGAACCUACAAGGGUUCUGCCUAGAGGUGGUGAUUUGACGCUUGGAGAGCUGCUGAAAUACAAAUCGGAAGAAGGUGUUCGAGUUUUGCUACUUGUAUGGGACGAUAAGAGUUCUCGUGAUAAGUUUGGGAUAAGCACGCCAGGAGUUAUGGGGACACAUGAUGAAGAGACUAGAAAGUUUUUCAAUCAUUCUUCUGUUAAAUGUAUAUUGUCACCUCGUUAUGCCAGCAAUAAGCUUGGGUUGUUCAAACAACAGGUGGUUGGCACUCUCUUCACGCACCAUCAGAAGUGUGUUCUUGUAGACACUCAAGCUGUUGGUAGUAAUCGCAAAGUAACAGCUUUUAUUGGAGGGAUCGAUCUUUGUGACGGCCGCUAUGACACACCUGAGCACCGGAUAUUUCACGAUCUUGACACUGUAUUUAAGGAUGAUUUUCACAAUCCUACAUUUCCAAGUGGUGCCAUAGCUCCAAGACAACCUUGGCACGAUAUGCAUUGUAGGCUAGAUGGGCCUGCGGCAUAUGAUGUUCUCAUAAACUUUGAGCAACGGUGGAGAAAAGCGACACGAUGGAAAGAGUUUAACUUAAAUGGGAAAACUCUCUGGCAAGAUGAUUCUUUGUUACGGAUAGGACGUAUAUCAUGGAUACUAAAUCCAAAGUUCAAAUAUCGGAUAGAUGGUGUUUCACAUGUUCCAGAGGACGAUCCGAUUGUUUAUGUUUCUAAUGAAGAUAAUCCUGAGAACUGGCAUGUUCAGGUGUUCCGUUCUAUCGACUCAGGAUCCGUGAAAGGAUUUCUAAAAUUUGAAAAUGAUGCCGAGGCCCUGCAUCUAGAAUAUGACAAGCGUCUUGUAGUUGAUAAAAGUAUCCAGACUGCGUACAUCCAGAUAAUCAGAUCUGCUCAGCAUUUCAUAUAUAUCGAGAAUCAGUAUUUUCUUGGUUCUUCUUAUGCUUGGCUUGAUUAUAACGAUGCAGGAGCUGACAAUCUUAUUCCUAUGGAGUUGGCACUAAAGAUUACUAGUAAAAUUAGAGCUAAAGAAAGAUUUGCUGUCUAUGUCGUCAUACCAAUGUGGCCUGAAGGCGACCCAAAGUCGGGACCUAUGCAAGAAAUUUUAUAUUGGCAGAGCCAAACUAUGCAGAUGAUGUAUGAUGUUAUAGCACGAGAACUUAAGUCGGUGCAGUCAAAUGCGCAUCCUCUAGAUUACCUUAACUUUUACUGCCUUGGUAAACGAGAACAAUUUCCAGAUCAUGAUAUGCCAGCAACCAAUGUUACGGAUUCUUAUAAGUUCAAGCGUUUCAUGAUCUAUGUGCAUGCAAAGGGGAUGGUAGUAGAUGAUGAAUAUGUACUUAUGGGAUCUGCGAAUAUCAACCAAAGAUCUAUGGCUGGCACGAAAGAUACCGAGAUAGCCAUGGGUGCAUAUCAACCCCAUCAUACAUGGGCUAACAAGGGAAAACACCCACGUGGGCAGGUGUAUGGGUAUAGGAUGUCACUAUGGGCAGAGCAUUUAGGCAAAACUGGAGAUGAGUUUGUGGAGCCCGGUGAUCUAGAAUGUGUCAAGAACGUUAACGAAAUCGCUGAAAGGAACUGGAGAAAGUUCAUAGAUUCGGAGUUCUCAGAGCUGCAAGGUCACUUGAUUAAGUAUCCUCUGCACGUAGACAUUGAUGGUAAUGUGAUCUCUCUUCCAGGUUACGACAGUUUCCCAGAUGUUGGUGGUAAGAUCAUUGGAGAUCAUUCUAAGGCUAUCCCUGAUACUCUAACCACGUAAUGUUUAUUAUCUAAUGUUAAUAUGAAAGUGUUGUACAUUGUAACCGUGUUGUUUAAUUUAUUAUAUUUGUGAUUUACUGUCAAACUGUUUUUCUUUGGGG